GGCACCCAAUGGUGUGUGCUGCUUGCACUUCCCCCCAGUGGUCCUCCUAACCGCAGGGUGUAUAAAUUCCAGGUGGCCACAGCCUUCUCAGCUUGCUCUCAGUCGGACGGAGGUUCCAAGCCUUGCAGCUGGACACAGAGAAAGGAGAAGAAGCAAGAUGGGACCCGGAACCCUUUUUAGCCUCCUCUUCUGCCAGCUUCUCUUCCUGGCCUCUGGUGACCCGGUAGAGGCAGGAGAGAAAAACCCGACUGCUGCAGAACCGGAAGACUUCAGCUACUUGCAUGCGGAAUAUAAGCCCCAUCAGGACAAACGGUGCCACAAGAUGUGGAAGAACUACGGCUUCUACUGCUACCGGUACUUCAACACCCUCAAGAAUUUCACCGAGGCAGAGGACGAAUGCCAGAGUAAUGGUUGGUACACCCACCUCACCUCCAUCUCAUCGUUUGAUGACUCCGACUUCCUUGCUGAUCUGGUCAAGGCUGAAAACGACGUUUGGAUUGGCUUGCAUAAUGUGAAGGACUGCAGCAAAUGGAUCUGGACUGACGGAACAACUUACAAUAAAAACUACGCCCCUUGGGGUCCCGGGGAACCCAGUGACUGUAACGGCACUCAAGUGUGUGUUCAGCUGAUGCAUUCCUCAAAAUUCCACCUGUGGAAGGACGUGGAUUGUAGUACCAGAACUGGCUACAUUUGUGAAGCUCCUUUAAAACAAUGAAGUGUUUCUGAAGAGGGCGAUCAGCUUUUGGGGUGCUCCGGAAGCAGGAGCUGGUGAUUAUCCAGACGGGCACCCCAUUCCGUAUCUGCCGAAUGCUGCCCUCUGCACGUCUCUCUCUAUGACUCGCUCAAUAUUACUCAAUAUAACUCAGUCAAUAUUACUGCUAUUUUUAGAGAACCAGUUUGGUGUAGUGGUUAAGUGUGUGGACUCUUAUCUGGGAGAACCGGGUUUGAUUCCCCACUCCUCCACUGGCACCUGCUUGGAUCAGCCAGAGCUCUGGCAAAGGUUGUCCUUGAAAGGGCAGCUGCUGUGAGAGCCCUCUCAGCUCCACCCACCUCACAGGGUGUCUGUUGUGGGGGAAGAAGAUAAAGGAGAUUGUAAGCUGCUCUGAGUCUCUGAUUCAGGGAGAAGAGCAGGGUAUAAAUCUGCAAUUCUUCUUCCUCUUCUUCUUCUUCUUUUUCUUCUUCUUCUAUUGCCUGGUCAACAUUAAAUCCCUUCUCUGAACAUUUCCAGUUUGUUCCUUUUGUGAUCUCAUGGGGGCAAGGAAAUAAACUGCUGUGCUCACACGA